AUGCACACCUCCAUUGUCAUGCUCCUCACCGCUGUCGGCACUUAUGCCGCGGCUCAAACCCCAACCCCAACAGCAGCACCAACCAUAACCAUUUCACGUCCAUCUCUCACGAUACCAUCAUGCUGGGCGCUCAAAGACUCCCUGUCAUUUACCGGCAUCCCCGCACCUCCUAUGGACAUGUCUGAACUGGGCGUAUCCUUUGCCCUCGGAAGUCUCUACAACACCCAAGACCCUUGCAAACUUCCCGUCAUUACUGGAUCUUCAGCUGAGGAAUUUUCGGAAUGGGCGUCUGAAUGGACAAGCUGGCAGGCGGAACAUGUUUCUGAGUAUCGAGUAGUAUGGGAGGCUUGCAGUGAUGAUCCUGCUAUCACGGAUCUUGUGCCAGUUGGACCUGACGCAUGCAGCACUCUGAAAGCUAAAAUCACUGGGACUUCUGCUACAAAUGAGGAUAAAGAUCAAGACAAAGAGCAAGGAGACGGUAACAAAGAUGAUAAGCCGGAGGCUGUAGAUGACUCCUCGGGUUCUCGUGUGGCAGGGUCUUUAGCUGUUGCUUUGAUGGCUGGUGGCGUACUGGUGGCAGGACUGUGA